AUUUGAUUUAAAAAACAUUAUUAGAUGAAAAGUAUCCUCGAACUAUGCAACUCAAUACCAAAGCUCGUAGUCGAACUUGGGUUCAAGGAUACUGACAUACAUAAAGAAACUAUUGAACUUUGUCAGAACUUUAAAGUCCUAUUUGAUAAGUUUGGGGUUUGCCACAAGCUUAUUAACUCCUGCAAGCAGUUCAAUGAAGAAAACAUUCAAAAUCUUGAAAAUCGUAUUGAAGAUUUUAUGAAAUACUUUCGUGAUAACUGGCCAAAUGAAUCAAUUACACCUAAGCUUCAUAUGCUUGAAUAUCAUGCAUCAUCUUUCAUUAGGAAAUGGGGAGUAGGACUUGGUACAUAUGGAGAACAAGGUGCAGAAAGUAUUCAUGCUGAAUUCAACAGCAUGAAGAGUACCUACUGGCACAUGAAAGGAAAACGUAAACUCAAAAGUAUAAUGGAUGAACACUUAUUAAAAAACCAUCCAACAGUAAAAAAAUAUCAACAAAAAGCUCUGCCUAAAAAGAGGAAAAUUGAAGAUACUUAAAAUAAUCUUAUAAAACAAUGCAAAAGAGUUUUCAGGAAAUAAAUGGCAGUAUUAUGGCGUAAAUAUUAUUUCUGCCAGUAUUUUUAAACCUUCAGAUAAAAAGAAAAAUUGUCAAUUUUUAAAAGCAUUAAAUUAUAACAAAAAAAAGUAACCCAGUUAUAA